AUGGUGGACUAUUACAAAGUCCUUGGACUGCAAAAAAGUGCCUCACAGGAAGAGAUUAAGACAUCCUACCACAAACUGGCACUAAAAUGGCAUCCUGAUAAGAACCCCAGCAACAAGGUGGAAGCCGAAAAGAAAUUCAAAGCAGUUGCUGAGGCAUACAGUGUUUUGUCUGACCCUGAGAAACAAUCAUUCUAUGACAGCUCUAUUGAGGAGAGCAGAUCCCACAGCAGAAGAACUGCCAUGGGGGGUCAUAACAGCUCCUUUGGUUCUCCUUAUGUAUUACAUGACCUCAAGGAGACCUUUAGGGAAGACUUUAGAGGGAUGGAUUCCUUUGCACAUGUUUUCUGGGACCCCUUUGACAACGUCAGAAAUAACGGUGAAAACUGGCACAGGACAAGUGAAAGAGGAAGAAGACCCAACCUGUUUUCUGACUUUGUGGAGCCAUUUAUGCCAUGGAAUUUAUUCAGCCCCAGCGAGCAGCCCAACUCCUCCUUUGAUGAGGACACAGCUGGGCUGCACAGUGUCAGAUUAGAGUUUACCACUACUGAAGUGAUCAACAGCAAGAGGAUCACCACCCACAAAAUCAUCGAGAACAGGCAGGAGAGAACCAAAGUGUAA